AGCGUGCUGUAUAGGCUCCUCCCUCCAGUGACACUGGACGGGACCCGGAAGUUGCGAAUCAUACGGAUAAAAUCGUCUUGUUGGAGGUGGGAGGACGUGGACCGCACAUCACGGAAAAGCCGUGGAACGCAAGCAGGGUGUUUCCGGUAAACAACUUCCGGUUCAGGUUUAUAAGAAGCAAAGGAGUGUGGGGUUGUUAUGAAUUAGAGAUGGAGCGCGGCCGAGGAACGGAUGAUGGUAAAGAAAGAGAAUAGAGAAGACGAGAUCAACUACAGAGAGUUCACCAGGAGCCACAAUAAAGAUGGAGAGUGAGAGGAUCCUGAGCCUCACCCUAGAGAUCAUCUACCUGCUGACCGGAGAGGAUUAUGGACCAUUGAAGAAAACAUCUGGGGAAUGUGGAAAAAAGAGCAGGACCCAGAUCCCCAUCACAGGGUCCCCUCCAUCUGUGAUCAAUGAGAAGACCAAUGAGCAGAAGAUCCUGGAUCUCACCAACAAGAUGGUGGAGCUGCUGACUAGAGAGGUUCCUAUAAGGUGUCAGGAUGUGGCGGUCUAUUUCUCCAUGGAGGAGUGGGAGUAUGUAGAAAGACACAAGGAUCUGUACCCGGACAUUAUGGAGGACUCCCGGCCCCGCACAUCACAAGAUGAAUCCAACAAAGGACAAACCCCAAGAACACCUUGUGCCGCUGCCAGUCCCCCUGAUAGUAGUAGUAAUUGUCAUAAAGGUCAAUCUGACUGUGAGGUGGAAGCAGGAGACUUAUGGCUGGGUAAGAAAAAACAGAAGAAAACUCUGCAGAUCGCUAAUCCUGAAGAACCAGGGAGUGAAGGGAAGACGACCCUGUCUGACCCAGACGUGUACAGAAAUUCAUCCGCUUCUACAAGUCGAUUGUCAAAUCCACAAUGUUCAUCUACUGAUAUCGAGGAGGAGACAAACUCAUGUGAUGGAGGAGGAAACCUCUCCGACCACGACACCUACAAACCUACAGACUAUACACAAGAAUAUCCAGUGCUCCAUAUAAAGGAGGAACCGAUCUCAUGUGAUGAGGAAGACGACGACAUGGUGGACACCGAGAUUUAUACACAGACAGAUAAUAGACUGCAGAACGCAUCUCCUCGUAUUAGGGAGAGAAGAGUCUUACGUGGACGCAUCAAUAACCACGAGUUUAUGUCGCCCACCGAUCAAACACGACUAUAUCCUUCUAUUCGUAUUGAGGAGGAACCAAUCUCGUGUGAUGGAAGCAUCAUCGAUGUAGACAAUUACGCGCCCACAGACAUUAGUCACCGCUACUCUUCUAUUAUUAUCGAGGAAGAGCCAGAUGCGUGCGACGGAGGAAACUUCACCACCAUUUAUACGCUCACAGAUCCUAAACCUCAAUAUCCAGCUCCUUGUAUUAAGGAGGAGCCAAUCUCAUGUGACGAGGAAAACCUCACCGAUCCCAACAUUUACACAUCCGCCGAUCCUUCACCUUAUCCGUUCAUUCAUAUCAAGGAGGAACCGGACUUCUGGAAGGAAGAAAGUCUUACCAUACCAUCAAGCAAUGCACAGUUCGAUUAUACGUCUCCUCAGGAUAUUAACGGUACAGAACUUAUAGAAUACAUAAGUAUACACGGAACUACACACAACUACAGCGAAUACAGUAACCCCUUAUAUUUUAAUUCUAAGCGCGUAAAGUCCGAAAAAAUCCCAGCAGAGCAAUACCCAUUGUACAAAUAUGGCAAAUGUUUUUCGGAACCUUCGGCUCUUUUCAACCAUCAUCGGAUCAGUAAUUCGGAUGUACCUUUUGAAUGUUCGUACUGCGGAAAGACCUUUGUGUAUUAUACGCAUCUCGUCACCCACCAGAGAAUCCACACAGGAGAGAGACCGUACGCGUGUUCUGUCUGCGGGAAGCGUUUCGCACACAACUCCACCCUGGUCACUCAUCAGCGGAUACACACGGGGGAGCGCCCCUACGUUUGCUUCCAUUGCGGAAAGUGUUUUACUAAAAAAUCCAAUCUAACGACUCACAACCGCAUUCACACGGGCGAAAGGCCUUAUUCCUGCACCCGCUGCGGGAAAUGCUUCGGAAGUAAGAGCCAUUUUAAUAGACACGUGAAAAUCCACAAAAAAGAAGCGAGCCGUUUUUAAAAUGUAAGGAAAAUAAAAAAGUACCAGCGUUCUUGCGCUGGGACCACGUCGAGAUGUUGAGCGGCACAUUAUUUUAACGUUAGCUAGUUUAUAUUAAAUUAUUGGAACAAAAAUAUGUUUUUAAUCAAUUUUUAAUGAACUUAUGAAACAGUCAAUGGCGUGGAUGAUAAAAAAAAAAGUUUUUUUUUAUUUCUUUAAUUUCUUUUUUGGUUCUGGGUGCGAGUCAUUUUAUUAACUUUUUUUUAGUACCGGUAUUGUUUUAUAUGCUGUCUUUAUAUGUUCAUUUGAGGAAUGUUAAUAAAAUAAAAGGCAAUAAAAAUGGAAACCUCAUUUACAAAUACAAAAAAGGGACAAAGUUGUGUAAAUAAACCAAAUAAUAACCUUAUAGGUCU